AAGUUGCCGGUUGUUUUGGUAGGCUCUUGUAGGUGGACGUUGUCACGCCGUGCAGUUGUGUAUUUGACUUUGCACGAUGUCAUCACGAGGAGGGAAAAAACGAUCCAAGGCAGUUUCGAAGUCCACAAAAGCUGGCGUGCUUUUUCCGGUAGGCCGAAUAGGUCGCUAUCUCCGGAAAAGCACCCACCACUUCAGGAUCGGUGCCGGUGCUCCAGUUUAUAUGGCUGCUGUAAUCGAGUACCUUACAGCGGAAAUAUUGGAACUGGCUGGAAACGCGGCACGCGACAACAAGAAAAACCGCGUCACGCCGCGGCACAUUCUACUGGCGAUUGCCAACGAUGAUGAGCUGCACCAGCUUCUGCGGGGGGUGACAAUUGCCUCUGGUGGCGUGCUGCCGCGCAUCCAGCCGGAAUUGCUUGUUCGAAAGAAAGGCAACAAGUUUGUGAUGCCCUCACCCAAGCACCAGCCCUCGGCACAUAUGCGAGUGGACAACCCACCCUCCAAAUUACAUCAGGCUGCCACUGCUUCUGUGGCUGCUGCCAAGCCCAUGUCAGCGCCACCGCCGCCAAAGAAAAUUGCGGCCACGGCAGCGAGCAAAAAGCAACUGCCACCGCCCCCAUCAUCGCUUAUCAAGGAGAAGGGCAAAGGGACCAAGGGAAAGGACUCAACUGGUGGAGAGCAGCUGCACUCCUCUGUCACGGUGUUGUCAGAGAAGAAGCUGUUUCUUGGCCAAAAGCUCACUGUGAUCCAAGGAGACAUGGCAAGCGUGAUAGUUGAUGCAGCCAUCCACCCAACCAAUGCAAACUUCUCCCUUGCUGGGGAAGUAGGCCAAGUCCUGGAGAAGGCAGGUGGUAAGGAGUUCCAGCAAGAAGUGAGAGAGUUGCUGGCUUCUCAUGGGCCUUUGGAGACUGCUGGAGUGGCCAUUUGCCCAGGCCACCACUUUCCAGCAAAGCACGUGAUCCACUGCCAUGUACCCACUGGUGCCAAUGCAAUGGAACAUCUUGAGAAGUGUGUGCGCAACUGCCUUGUAAUGGCCGAUGACAAGAACAUCCGUGUCCUUGCCAUCCCACCAUUGGUAUCUCACAACACAUCGCCAUCACAGAAGCAGCUUGCAGCACAGUCAGUGCUGCGGGCCAUCUCCAGCUACUUUGUCAAUAUCAUGGGAAGUUCACUGAAGCAGGUCUACUUUGUCCUGUCUGACAUGGAGAGCAUUGGCAUCUACACCAGUGAGCUGGCAAAGCUGGACUCCUAAAUUGCUGCCAUCAUAGCUCCUGGGGGUGGUCACCAUUUGGUCAGUUUGGAGUUGCCAACAGUGGCACCCCAUUCAGUGGGAACUAAAGAACACUGAAGUCUGCAAAAACA